AUGACUACCAGCAGCACAUUGUUUGUGCGAAACCUUGCGUUUGGGACGAAGACAGAUGAUCUUUCAAAUUUCUUUUCAAAUGUCGGUCCUAUCAAGCACACGGUAGUUGUUACCAAUCCGGAAACAGGGGAAAAUCGUGGUUAUGGAUUCGUUACAUUUUCGAUGGUUGAAGAUGCGCAACGCGCAAUUCAAGAAUUAAAAAACAAGAAACUAAACGGUAGGAUUCUACGUUUGGAUUAUGCUGCUCACCGUAAACGUACCGGUCCCUCUGAGGACAAAGAAAAGGAACUGAAGCAAGUCAGUAAUCGAAAGCCUGAGGGUCCUCGAAAGGAUAACCGUCCUCGAUUGAUUAUUCGUAAUCUUCCUUGGUCAAUAAAAAAACCAAAUCAUUUGGAACCUUACUUUGAAAAAUUUGGAAAGAUUCGAGAAAUUCGAGUGCCCACAAAACCUGGCGGUCAAAUGUGUGGUUUCGCGUUUGUAUGGAUGCAAGAUCGUGAAGCUGCCCAAAAGGCUAUGGAAGCUGUCAACGGUACUAAACUUGAUGGCCGUCUCGUUGCUGUUGAUUGGGCUUUGAGUAAGGAUGCUUAUGAGUCGAAUGCAACAUCACAGGAAGAACCCGAUGAAGCUUCUAAAGAAAACGAUGAAAGCGAUCAAGAAGAAAUUGAAGAAGAUGCAGAGAGUGACACUGUUGCUCAGCAUUCUUCUGUUGUACCCGAAAACAGUGACGAAGAAGACUUGAAAAAAGGUGAAGGAGAGGAAUCAGAAGCAUCUGACGAGGAAUUGAAUCCCGAAUCUGAAUCUGAGGAUGAAGUUGUUCAUCAAAAACAAAAUUUGGGCGACACAAUAUUUGUUCGUAAUAUCCUGUUCGAGUGUACCGAACAACAAUUAUACCAUCAUUUCCGUCAAUUUGGUCCUUUAGCUUAUGCGAAGAUUGUCAAGGACCCUGUCACUGACAAGCCUUUAGGCAGAGCCUUUAUAAAAUUUCGACAUGAAAAGGACUGCAAUGAGUGUCUUGAAUUGGCCGCCCAAGUACCAAAAGCCGAUCCUACUGUGGCUGAACAACGUCUUUUGCCUUCGGUAUUGGUGGAAGAAAAUGUGGACUCGGAUAGCGUGGCUUCUCGUUUUUUGUUGAACAAUCGUCUUCUUAAUGUCUCAAAAGCUGUUACCAGAGAAGAAGCUGGAGAUCUCACUCAAAAGAGUAUAGCCGAGCGAAAACUGAAAUUAGGAAAGGGAGUGGAUAGGAGACAUUUGUUUUUGUUGAACGAAGGACGCAUUGGUCCGGGACAUCCUCUUUUCGAAAAAUUGCCAGAUACCGACAAAUCAUUGAGAUCUAUGUCUAUCAGUCAGCGUAAAAAGCUUUUGGAGACCAAUCCUACUCUCCACUUGUCUUUAAACAGACUUUCGAUUCGAAAUAUGUCUCGCCACAUUGACCAUAAAAUGUUGGCAUUUUUAGGUCGUCAAGCUAUUCGCUGCUUCAAAGAGGAAGUUGAAAAGGGACUUCGUCAAGACCUCUCUGAUGAAGAGAAAUCUCGUGACAAAGAUCAAUUUAUAAAACGCGGUAAAACCGGAAGCGUCUUAAAACAAGCCAAGGUCGAACUCGAAAAGUCGGGUGCAGGCAGAUCCAAAGGUUAUGGCUUUUUACAAUUUGUUUCUCACAAGUACGCACUUAUGGCCUUGCGCUGGUUAAAUGGUAGGGAAGUCACUGUUCGUAAGAUCAUCCAAGAUGAAAUUGAAUGGGCACGUUCUCAUAAACUUCCAGAACCAGAGAUGCCUACAGUGGACUUUAAUGAUCGACCAAGAAGACUGAUUGUUGAGUUUGCCAUUGAAAAUAUCAAGGUAGUCAAGCGCCGCCAAGAAAAAGAAAUUACUUUCCGCGAUAAGGCAAAGCAAAUGCGAGAAAAGAAAGAAGAGGAAGCUGUACAGCUGAAACGUAAACGAAAGGAUUCUUCAGGAGAUGACAGUGAAAAGGAGAAAAAGGUUAAGGUUGCUCGCAUCAUUCAACAGAAACGUAUGAAAAGAAGACAACGAAAAAAUUAA